UGUCGUAUCUUUGUUUUGGUUUUCGGUCUGUUACAGGUGCAGCAGUUGGCGAUACAUUUUAUUUGCUUGUAUCAGCGAGCCGUCAGACAGGUUUCUUUUUUGUCUUUCCUCUGAUUUGGUUUAGCCCACUCUGCUCACAGGAUUUCUUCUCUUAGUGGGUUUAAGAACAGCAGGCUGGCUCUCACAACUGGAUCUUCAGCACAGCAGGUGGGUAUCUGUGACUAACAGGCCAGGUCAACAGCUGAAAGUGAACCAAGAGAAAGUUUAAACAGUGAAGCAGCCACCGCACUGACUGAGUAACAUAACAAUUUGAUGAAGUAUGACGAGGAGAGGUGUAGGUUACAUACUACUCAAGAACAGCCCCUUCUAGAGGACGAUCCACAGGAGGUGAUCACAGUGAAGCAGGGAGAGGACGUCACUCUCCAGUGUUGGGGUUUCGCAGAUGCUCCCAUCGAGCUGCUGGAGUGGAGCAGACCUGAGCUGACAGACUACGUGUUUUACUACAGAGAGCAGCGCUCCUAUGAAAAAUAUCAGCAUCAGUCUUACAAAGGUCGGGUGAAGCUGAGAGACCCGGAGAUGAAGAAUGGAGACGUUUCAGUGAUUCUGAACGACGUCACCUUCAAUGAUACGGGCAGAUAUGAGUGUUUGGUUGGAACGAGGAGAACGAGAGACAAGCGGAGCUCCAUCAGUGUCAGGGUGGAACAGACUACUAAAGAUGCCUCGGGUGGAGGAAACACUGAGAGAGAAAACAGGGAUGUUGGAGGGAACAUGGAGAGAGAAAAGUGGCGUGUUGGACAGAUAGCAGCCAUAGUGAUUACAGUGAUUGUAGCAACCACACUGAUUUUACUGAUUGGGGCAGUUGUAGCUGAGUUGGGACAGCAGGUUCCCUACUAAUGGGAGGGUUGGCCCAAGUUGCGCUCAGAUGCAGUCAUUGGAGUCUAAAUGUUAGACAGAAAGCUCUGACACCAAAAAAGUGCUGGUGUGAAUGUUUGAAUGAGGCAAGUUGUGUAAAGGGCUCAGUCUGAGUGCUCACAGUAGAAAAACGUUAGAUAAAAAACAGUUUACUGUUUAAUGUAAUCUCUGUUGCUUCUAACACAAAGAUCAGACAAACAAACUUGUCAGAAUCUCCUGCAGAGCGAUGAAGCUGGAAACGAGCUGCACUGAAAUG